AUGCCGACGGCGACGAGAAAGGCGCAUAGUAAGUCGAGAUUGGGCUGUGGUCAGUGUAAGAAAAGACGUAUCAAGUGUGAUGGCAAACAUCCCAUCUGUGCCAACUGCGAGAAGCGAGCGCAAGAGUGCACUUUCCUCGCACUCGUUCCUUCCUCACGACUGUCGCUCACAUCCACGCCUUCCGCCUCCAGCCCAACGGCAACAACAACAUCGUCUCCCCAUUCUCCAGUCACCCCAUCACCUCCCUCUUCGACUCACCCCUCGAUAGCACCGAAGACACCCUACCAGAUCCAGGUUUUUCGACAUACUCAUGAUCCAACCCCGAAAAGAGAAGCCGCGGUAGAACUCGAAGUACUUCCGGUAUCCAGCAUUCCCGCCUCUAUACGGUGCAUCGACCUGUGGAAAGACACGAGGGAAACGCUUACGCCUCGCCUGCGGUACCUGUUAUACCACUAUGAAUACGCAACCAGUCUGACGCUAGCCAACGACGACCCGGCUAAGACAGCAUGGCAGUCCAGCGUCCCUGAACUUGCAUCGCGCCACCAAUUCCUCGUUCAUCAUGUUCUCGCCGUCGCCUCCCUACACCUUGGUCGGCUGCAGGAGGGUACUCCAGAGAAGGGGGCGUCCACUGCCAUAGCGGCGGCGCUGAUGAACCGAGCUCUAUCCCGGUUUCGACCCGAGAUCGCAAAUGUGAACGCCGAUAAUGCGGCGGCGCUCUUUGCGAGUGCGACGCUAACAGCCGUGUACUGCUUUCGAACGUCUACCAUGGACAUCGACGAGAUCCGUGCCAGUGUUCCCGCCGACACUGUCAUACCUCCUUCAGACGUAGUCGAUAGAAUGCUACAUUGCAUCUUGCGAACAUUCUGGGGUCUUCGAGGGCCCUGGGCCGUCCUCGCGCCUGGCUGGCACUAUGUAAUGCGCGGGGAGAUGGCUCCUGUCGCGCAGCGCAAAUGGUGGCCCAGCCCCAAGGAUCGUCUACCGGCCACGCUUCGAGCAAUGGAGGAAGACGGCAGACUCAGUGAAAUCGAGAAUCUGUGGAUUCAUCCCGACCGUGCAUACGAGCCCCACUUCCGACAUCUGUCGGACGCUCUGUUAUACCUUCGCGAAAGCUUCGCCCUCGUCUCCCAGCUAACGCUGCCAGAGAACGAAUUCCCACCCACGACUUCCAUCAGCUACUCUGUCGACGAUACAACAGUCGGGUAUCUGAAGGACCGCGGUGCCAUGUUUCUAUGGGCGACACUCAUAUCGCGAGAGUUUCUCCAACUCGUCGAGCAGAAGAACCGCGAUGCACUGGUCCUAAUAGCGCACUAUGCCGUAUUGCCAGGCAGGGUGCGCAACGUGUGGUGGCUCGAGGGUCUCGGUGCCGAUAUGGCUGCUACCGUCGCAAUGGCCUUGGGACGCGAGAAUUGGCACCUGAUUGAGUGGCCUAUUAGCGUCCUGGGUAUCGACUUGGAGAGCUUGUUUGGAGCAAGGGAUGACAGUCUCGUACGGAGACCUGUGCAUAUGUCAUUGGAGAUUAUGUGA